GAUGGAAGUGGAUCAAAAACCAGAUAUCAAGGAGAAAGUGGAUCAUAAACAAGAUAUCAAAGAGGAAGUGUAUGAUAAACCAGAUAUCCAGGAGGAAGUGGAUGAUAAACCAGAUAUCAAGAAGGAAAAGGACAAAACAGAUAUCAAGGAGAAAGUAGAUCAUAAACCAGAUAUCAAGGAGGAAGUGGACCAUAAACCAGAUAUCAAGGAGAAAGUGGAUGAAAAACAAGAAAUCAAGAAGGAAAAGGACAAAACAGAUAUCAAGAAGGAAGUGGAUCAUAAACCAGAUAUCAAGGAGGAAGUGGAUGAAAAACAAGAAAUCAAGAAGAAAAAGGACAAAACAGAUAUCAAGAAGGAAGUGGAUCACAAACCAGAUAUCAAGGAAGAAAAGGAGGACAACCCAGAAGCAAUGAGAUUAGAAGUCAACGAAGAUCAAAAGAUGACACUUGAGCUUUUGAAUAAGGAUGAUGAUAAGUAUGGUGAUGAUGAAGAUGGCAAUGCUGAUGAUGAUGAUGAUGACGGAUUGUUUGGUCCAAGAAAGCUAUUCUUCUUUGGCAUAGAUUAUUUUAAGGAUUCUGGAAAAGCCACAUGGCAAAAAGAAGCAAGAGAGAAAGAAUGCAACAGAUAAAAUUUAAUGAAACUACUUAAGAAAUAAAUUUUUUCUCACAAAAAUAA